AUGUUAUUAUUGACCCAUCCAUUCAUCCAUCCAUAUUUAUUAUUGUUAGUUGAAGGUAAAAAAUUAAAAAAGAAAGACCAUGACGAAAUUAGACAUUCAAAGGCAGAACAAGAGACAAGUGGUGGCGAUUCAUUUAAUGAAAUAUCAAGUAAUGAAAUAGAUGGUUCUUUAUUUGAUUCAUUAUUAGAUGAUAUAGAUAUAAGUGAUAGUACAAUAGAUAAUAAUGACUUUAGUAGUGAUCAAGUAGAUCAAAGCGAUGAUAAUAAUUUCUUUGACAUUUUAGUAGAAGAACAAGAAGAUGGUACUUUAACCAAUAGUGGUGAUAAUAAUAAUAAUAAUAAUAAUAAUAAUAAUAAUAAUACGAAUAACAACAAUAAUAGUAGCAAUGAUAAUAAUAAUAAUAUACCAGAUGAAUCUAUAUUUAUAGAUAUAAAGAAUGGUAAAAUCAAUGGAAAAGGUUCAAUGGAUGAACCAAUAAAUGAUUUCUAUACAGGAUAUUUAAUGGCAAUAAGACAUGGUAAAAAAUCGAUAUAUGUAGCAACUGGUAGUUAUUCUAUACAAAGGAUUAAUAUGGUUGAAGGUAUAUCAAUCUAUGGAGGUUAUAGUGGAUCUCCAGAUUGGAAAAGAGAACCUUUAACCAUACCAUACUCUCCUGGUACUAUAUUUGUAUCACUUCAACCUAUUGCCUUUAAUAUAUCAAGUUCACUUAAACCAAUCAUCUUGUCUCAUUUUACCAUUUUACCAAAGAAUGGUACUAUUGAUUUUUCAUCAUCAUAUGGUAUAAUAAUUAGUAAAUCAUCAAAUGUAACAUUAAGAUUUAUUAAUAUUCAUAGUGGAUAUGGUGUUGAUGGAAAUGCAUCCAAUGAAUUGAAAAAGGUAAAUGGAAUUUCUGUGCAAGAUGGUGAAGGUGGACAAGGUGGUUGUGAGGAUGGAGCAAGUUCUUAUUGUGAUCGUUGUGAUACACCCAAGCCUGGAAAGGGAGGUGUUGCGGUAUGCUACCAUGGAAGUGGUAAUGCAGGUGGAGACGGUGGAAGAUCUGGAAAGGGACGUCAAAGAGGACAGAAUGGAAAAAGAGGAAGUCCCGAUGGAAUGCUUGGUGGCAAUGGAUCACUACCGUUCCUAGGUAACCAAUGGGUCGAUGGAAUCGGUGGAUUAAAUGGAAGCUACGGAGAGAAUGGAAGAAAUGCAAACUAUUCUAGACUCUACUUUGGAAGAUACUUUUUGUCAUCGACUAUUGAGGAUGGGCAACACGGAGAGAAUGGAGCGCCGGGUGGAGGAGGUGGUGGCGGUGGUGGUGGAUACGAAGGACGUCACGCUUGCAAGAGUUUUGGUGGUAGUGGAGGUGGAGGAGGUAGCGGAGGUUGUGGAGGACGUGGAGGUAUUGGUGGGUCGAUGGGUGGCAGUUCAGUCGGCGUCUAUGUGUUCAACUCUACCUUUGUCUCUAUUGAAUAUUGCAACAUUACAACGUCGCAGGCUGGUAAUGGCAGUCCGUCGAGCACGCCCGAAAAGGGACUGGCAGGCGGGCUUGGAGGUGCGGGCUUUGUACCGUCGAAAUCUCUCAACUCGUCGAUGGGAGGUAGUGGAGGUAGUGGAGGCAGCGGAGGCAAUGGUGGAGAGGGUGCAGGUGGACGCGGAGGAUGUGACGGUGUCAAAUACUCGUACAAAAAGCUCGACAAGUGUGGAGUGUGUGGCGGCGACGGAUCAACUUGCAACGAAGGGCCCUCAAUGAGCGACAAGAAACAACAAACCAGUAACCUUAGCAUAGCAGCCAAGAUCAUCAUCUGUGUGGUCGUCAUCACCAUCUCGAUCUAUGGAGGAUUGCUCGCCUUCUUUUUUGUAAAACGACGAGCCAAUCCCCAAGGAUCACAAUACUAUCGAACCAAAUUAAUCCUUGAAUACGACGAUGCCCCCUUUGUCCAAGCCGAGCUCAUUAAAAAGAAGCCCAGCGUCUCUAAUGCAUGGGCACAAAAAGCAAGCGAACUAGUAUCUGGUUUGGGAGGACUUGGUACACACGACUACCAACCAUUCAGCAAUGAAAUCCAAAUGGACGACUAUUCGUCAUCAUCACGGUCAUCGUCCACCAACUUUUCCAGUCCACAACAUUAUAACAAUAAUAAUAACUACUACACCGAUACCUAUUAUUCAAGUGUACAAGAGGAUCAAGAUCUCUCAAUCUCUUCUCCUAGUACUAGUAGCAGUAGCUCUUCAAUUGAUUUUCCUGAUAGUCCAAUGACACAUAAUAAUAGAUAG